UGAUAAGGCCUCAGUCUGUAAUGAAAAUGAUGGUGGUGCUCCUGGUGCGUAUUAUAUUUCAGGUGAACUCCUUGAUUUGACUUAUCUUCAUUUACAAUUUAACAUUUACACAGCCAUUCUGUGGCAACAUUAGGCAUUUCAAAUAUGUAUUGAGAAACUGCUUUGUUCUGUGCCAGGGCUGGUGUUCUUUAAAUGUGUGAAAGUGUUUCUACAAAUCAAGAAAGUACCCUCAAAUAUUUUCCUCACAUUUUAAGUAUGUUGACCUCUUGAAAAAAAACACCCUAUUAAUCAAGACAGGACUCUACACUGGAGAGUGGAACACAGUCUGAUUUACAUCUGGCUUUAAAUGAUGCUGUCUCCACGAUUGUUCCACAAAAUCUUAGGAUUCACACUUUUCCUGCUCCCAUGCUAUGCUCAAGAUUGCCUGCCGCUGAACAAUAAUGAAAUGGAAGGCGUUGUCCGGCAACUGGAACAUCGGAUUUCCCAGCUUGAAGGAGUACUCCGCUUGAAAGAUAUGGUAACAGGAUCUGGAGGAAAAAUAUUUGCUACCAAUGGCAAAAAAGCUGAUUACGAUACUACACUGAAAACAUGCAAAGAGGCUGGAGGGUCUAUUGCCACUCCAAGGAACCCAAGAGAGAAUGAUGCCAUUCUGCACUUCGUGAAAAAUUUUAAUACCUAUGCCUACCUGGGGAUGAAGGAAUCUCUAAUUCCAGGCAAAUUCCAGAUCCUGGAUGGCAACAAAUUGAGCUAUACUAACUGGCAUUCAAAUGAACCUUCUGGCAAAGGGGAAGAGGCAUGUGUGGAGAUGUACACUGAUGGCACUUGGAAUGACAAAGCAUGCAACAAGAAUCGCCUUAUUGUCUGUCAGUUUUAGUGCUUCUCCCUGCCACAUGCUUUCCUAUCCCUUGCCUCUUUAUUUGUAGCUAGUGAGAUCAGAUAAUGCAGCAUGAAAAAUAAAAGUCACUCAUCCUUAGCCUGAUUUGUCUUUUAAACACCAGCUAUAAAGAGGAAAUUACUUGUAA